GACGGGAGCUUUACAAUCCAUUAACUUCUACCUUGCGAUCUCAAGGCACAACGCCCCGCAAUAAGAUAUUUCAUUGUUAGGAUCGGCUUCAAAUGGGCACUCCACAAUGGCCGACAAUAGGUUACCAUCUCGCCGGCGACAGAGGGCUCAGCUCGCAUGCAAUCCCUGUCGUGCUCGGAAGGUCGGUUGCGAUGGGCGCCGCCCAGUUUGCACUUCUUGUAGUAUGAAGGCUUUAGGAGAUAGGUGUGCCUACCAAGAAAAGAGUUCAGGCUCAUCAGUCGCAACUCUCCCCGAAGUAAACAAUCGACUUCGCCGCUUAGAAGACAAAUUUCGAGUGGACCCACAAGUGAUCUGGAACGCCCCUGAUACUCAUUUCGCAUCUGACACUGCAAGCCCGGUUGUCGCGAGACGAACUGUAACACAUCAUCCGUACCUCGCGGAGGAGGAAAUGAUCCAUGGCCCAUCCUCGAACAUUUCUUUCUUCAAGCAGGUACUUCAGUUGAAAGACAACAAGGAACACACGGAACCACCUGGCGAGUUAUUGCCUUCCCCUGAGGAAAGGGGGAUGCCAGACCUCAUAGGGUUUACGGUAAACCAGCCGCAUAACCUCGCCCAAAAUAUGGAUCCAGUUUCGUUGCCAGAUCGCCAGCUUUCGGACGCUCUGCUCCAAUGCUUCUCACAUUGUAUACAUCCCAUCUUCCCCAUAUUACAUUGGCCAUCUUUAACUACUAUGUACGAUCGUUUAUGGCAACCAGCUCUGUCGGUAGACUGUUAUUACAAUCGAGGGCGCGAUGACCUUGUGUUCCACGCAAUUCUCAACAUGGUCUUGGCUCUUGGAUGUCAAUACAUCGAGCACAUUCCUGCAACACAGAGGAGUCAAUUUGCUGACUCCUUUUACCGCCGAUCUCAACAGCUUAUUUCUGUGGAAACCCUCGAUUUUUCCUCGUUGCAAAUAGUGCAGUUGCUUCUCCUACGAGGCUUAUAUCUACAUUACACGAAUUAUGCCGAUCGGUGCUGGAACAUCAUUGGUGUUGCUCUGAGAGUCGCGCAAGGUUUGGGUUUGCAUUUAGAGGAGGCGGUUGCACCUAAAAACCAACUGAACCGAGAAAUGAGGCGCAGAGUUUGGCACAACUGUGUUGCUUUAGAUCGGCUUUCGGCCACCACCUUUGGACGAUCUGUCCUUCUCCGCAAACCGUACGAUGUUCCCCUUCCAGAGCCCAUCGACGAUGAAUACCUGUCAAAAUCUCAUGAAGGCUGCCAACCCGAAAACACUCCUUCUCGUUUGACCUUCUUCAGACAUACCAUAAAACUGUUUGAUGUCUUGGAUGAGAUUUUAACUAAGCUCUACUCACAUGAACACAACGGCCCGGCAGAGGAUGUAUCAACAAUUGCGCCUUAUUUAAACGAUCUUCCAAGAUUAUGCUCAAAGCUUGACUUUGUUUCCGAAAGCUUGCCCACUCAUCUAAGAACCCCCGGCAAUGCCAUGGCUUCUGAAGAUGGAUCAGGAGGCUGCUUCAAUCUGCAGGCCCGAGUUUUCAAAUCAAGAAUCCUAUAUGUACGGCUCCUGCUUCUGAGGCCAUCACUUCUAAUCGAAGCAAGACGACAAGUUGUGAACCAAAAUCGGAUCGACGACAGUGCAACUCUUGCUCCUCUUUACAGACCGUAUCUCCGGGAGUUAAAUAUAUUAUGUCUGUCCACUGUCCACAAUGUCCUUGAGGAGAUGCAUCAGCAACUGAGUAGCUCACAAAAUACUUCUGCGUGGCACGCCUUGUUUUUCACUUUCGGAGCAGCAUCAACCCUCCUUGCUGCUAGCCUCUGUCCUGAUUUAAACGUCAACCUAGACCUUGAUUGCGCCAAAACUUCUUGGGAAAGAGCAAUGCGCAUAUUUGAGUUUUACGAGCCACGGGUCGAGUCUGCUAGAAAGGGCUCAGAAGUAUUAACCAAAUUCCGCCAGCGAUUUUCCGCAUUCUCGAUGCAAAGUAGGUCAAGCAGUUCCUGAUCAAUCCUCUGACUUUAUUAACAACCAAGUCAGUGAGUCGAUGACCUUUAACGAUGAUCCUAUCAGAGAUGAAAACUGGCUGGCAGGGGUGGCAGAAGAAUUCGAUGAAUUAUUUACUUCCAGCUCUCUCGAGCGC